CUUCAAAAACAAUUUUCACAGAAUUGUUUGCUCCUCAGUUUUCUCGCAUUCCCAGACGUACGAAUAAUUGUUAAUAAUAUAUUUACCUGUUGGAGAUAUAUUUAAACAAUAUAAUUAAGAGAAAUGGAGACUGUGCCAAAAGAUUUAAGAAGUCUUCGAGCUUGUAUGGUGUGUUCUUUAAUAAAGACGUUCGAUCAAUUCGAAUUAGAUGGAUGCGAAAACUGUGACGAAUUCUUGAGGUUGAAAAAUAAUAAGGAUAAUGUAUUUGAUUGCACCAGUUCUAAUUUUGAUGGGAUGAUUGCAGUCAUGAGUCCAGAGGACAGUUGGGUGUGCAAAUGGCAGAGGAUAAAUCGGUUCACGAAAGGAGUUUACGCCAUUUCAGUUUCCGGACGAUUACCUCCAAACAUAAUAAGAGAUAUGAAGAGUCGAGGAAUAAUCUACAGACCUAGAGACACAUCGCAGAGAUAAAACAACACAUAAAGAACAACAUUGGACUCAAUUGUACUUGAUUUAUAUUUUUUAAAAUGAGUUUCAACACAGGGUAAAGUGAUCGGGGCCUUUUGAAGAUAUUUGUGCGAACGUGGAAUGAAAUUUGGAUAAAUCAUUGUGAAAUAUUGUAGUAAUUCAAAUGGUACAACAGACGACAGUAAGAAACUCUAGGAUAAUAUAUUAAUAACAAUAACACAUUCAUCAUCAUUUAAUAUCAGAAAAAGUAUUCCUUCCCAUUUAAAUAAUCAAUUAAAAUUUGACGCUAGCCUCUCUACUAACUGACUUGAGACAAGUAAAAAGAAUAAUUAAUAGUAUUGACUUUUAAAUUUUCGAUUAUGGAAUUUUUAAAUUCAAUUGCGCUUGAAAAAUUUGAGAAAAAUUAUGAAUAUUUAAGGUUUUUUGAAUUAUCAUGGUCAAAGAAGAUUAUUCUUUUAUCUAUUUUACUGAAUGAAUCGAAGUCAUUGUUUACACUCUCGGAGACUUGGUUUUUCUCACUCAAAAAUUUAUUUCUCAUAGAAUUCUCUCAAAUUUCUCUACAAUCAUUGAAGAGUGGAAUUGAUUUUUUGAGAGUAAUGUAUGAAAAAAUAUUGUAGCGCCAAAUAAAACUCAUCCACAAGAGCGUAAUUCGAAUUUUGAAAUUGAGGGGCUUGAAUAAUCAUACAAUUGCAAAAUGUUUGAAAAUCUAGGAUGAAAUUGGCGCUAAAUAAAAGCUAGUGUUUGAAAUCAGAAACGUUAAAAAAAAUUCGCAAGAAGCCAAAAACGCCAGAUUACUUUGAUAUUUUGGAUUCUCUUUUAAAUGCAAAGAUUUUCCCCUGAUUUUGAUCGAUGAUACAAACAUUUUUUAAUAUGAGAUCCAUUUUAAUCAGAGCCUAUAUAGAAAAUAAUUCAACUAAUGUGGGAUUUAAAGAGCAAUUAUAAAAAAAUGUUCUCCAACUUCUUUCAAACAUUUUCAAUUGAAGACUUACCUCUGCUCCACUUUAUAACAAGAUUUUUCAACCACAAAACUAAAAAAAAGAGAUUAAU